GAAGAAGAAGAAGAGGAAGAGCUGAAAAGAACAAAAAUGGAUCACAAGAAGGCAACAGUGUGCAUUCUUGAUGCUUCUUCAUAUGCAGGCUUUUGGAUACUAAAAGGGCUUUUAAGUAGGGGUUAUAAAGUACAUGCAGCCAUCCAAAACAAUGGAGAGACAGAGAUAGUAAGGAAAAUUAGAGAGAUGGAAAAGAUGGAGAAGGAGAAGCUAGCUGUAGAUGUUCUUGAUUACCAUAGCAUUCUUGUUGCUUUGAAGGGUUGUUCUGCUUUGUUCUGUUCUUUGGAUAAUCCAGAUGGAUAUGAUGAUGUAAUGGUGGAUUUGGAGGUGAGAGGAACAAUCAAUGUGGUAGAGGCAUGUGCACAAACAGAGACUAUAGAGAAGAUUGUCUUCAGUUCUUCUAUAACUGCAGCAAUUUGGAGGGAGAAUAUUUGCUUGGAGAAGGAUGUAGAUGAGAGGUCAUGGAGUGAUCCAGAGUUCUGCAGGAAAAUGAAGUUAUGGUAUGCUUUAGCAAAGACACUAUCCGAACAGGCUGCUUGGGCACUAGCAAUGGAUAGAAUGUUGAACAUGGUUUCCAUUAAUGCUGGAGUAGUUCUUGGGUCUGGUGUUGCUCAACAAAAUUCUCUACCCACAAUGUCCUAUCUUAAAGGAGUGGCUGAGAUGUAUGAAAAUGGAGUCCUAGCAUUUGUUGAUGUGAACUUUCUUGCUGAUGUCCAUAUUCGAGCUUUCGAAGAUCAGUCAACAUGCGGACGGUACCUCUGCUUCAAUCAGGUCAUUAACACCGACGAAGAGGCUAUGAAACUUGCACAAGCCUUGAGCCCUAUUAUCUCAUUACCACCAAGGUAUCAAUGCCAAGAAAGUGUGACCUAUACAGAGAGGCUGAGGAAAAAGAAAUUACACAAGCUGUUAGAGAUUGCUGCCUAAUAUAUAUUAGAUGUGCUUAUGAUGUAAUUCCUCCUUGUUGCUAUUUCCUGUCGAUUUCAUUGUAAUUAUUGCUUUUUGUUGGCUU